AUGGCUACCGUGGCAUCCGCAUCGGCAAUGCAUGACCAGGAGGCCGAACAGGAAUCUAAAGCUGAAAGUAGCCCCUUUCGAUUUACAGCGGUCAAUGGCAGAGAAAAUGUGACCAGCGGGGCAGCAAUAUCCACCACAAGCACUAGGAGGCUGUCUACGCAUGAGAACCAGGCCGCCGAAGGCCCCGUCUCCAUUUGUUCGCCCAAGAUUGGCGCUGAUUGUGUGUCUCGAUACGAUGAGACUAAAGAGAAUUCUGGGUAUGCGGAGCGGGACAACAUGGAGCGGAGUCAGGAUGACCAAAGAUCAGGGCGUACGCUUUCUUCACCGGAACCUCUCGGCAGGAGUAAACGCAAGAGAUCGGAAUCAAGGGAAGAGCGCCGGGGAAACGGUGCGAGUCAUAAGGUACUCAAAAGUCCAGACCCACGCCUAGACGACAGCAUAGCUUCAAGUAUUCAGCGGUCGCCGCCGAAUGGCGCUGUCACAUCUCAAGGAGAAUCUGAUGCCAAACAAACACCUGUUCAAUCUCGACUGGACGAAAAUGGAGACGCUCGCAUAACAUCUGGGAAUACAGUGUGGCAUGAAAUUGAUUCUCACUUGGUGAAACAAGCACAGCGUGUGCAGCACCUUGACGCUUCGGACGCUCAACUUGCAGAGGCACUUCAGCGAGAAGCAAAUGGCAAUGACCUGUCGCCAAAAGGCUGGAACACUAAUGACCGUCCAAUCGAAGGUUCUUCGCAAAGUGAACAAGCCACCUCAGUCCCUAGUAUUUCGCAGGAGCGGCCACAUCCUGCUGUACAAGUUGCACCUAAACGGAAACGUGUUUUUAGUAAUAGAACCAAGACCGGUUGCAUGACUUGUCGCAGGAGGAAGAAGAAAUGCGAUGAGCAGCACCCUGCUUGCAACAAUUGCAUCAGAGGAGGGUUUUUGUGCGAAGGCUAUUCCUCCCGGAGCACAUGGCAGAAACCGUCAAGCGCAAAACCACCCGUUCCUCUGCAAUCGAAAGAAGGAUACAGCGACAUGAAUAGUCAAUAUCUGCAUGACAUCGGCCCGCCACAUGAAAGGCCCCAAAUCUUGACAGAACAUAUAGAAGCCACCAAGAUGAGACCGAUUGUCGUCGAGGAUGCCGACCGUUCUACUUCACAAUUUAGCACCAGCCCCACAGGCGUUAGCUCUGGUCGUGGGUGGACCAAGAGGGCUUGGGGAGGGAGCGGGCAUCCGGCGUAUAUACCGGAUCAUCUAACAAAGUCAGAUUACCGUGAAGUUCCGUCCAUCCAUGAAUUGUCUCGGGAGGGACAUUCGAAAUCGGAUUAUGCCAUGGUACCUCCAAUCAGAGAACUUUCUCAUGGUAACCAUUCAAAAUCGAGCGCUUCCCUGUUUCAAAGUGGGGUUGAUCAACGACCAGCACACAGCAGCAAUCUAGACACCAGCAGCCCGCAAGCCCAGGCACGCAUGGCAUUAAGUAUUGAACAUCAAUUGUCUGCACGCACUGUGUCCGGAGAAGAAACAGAGAGGGAGAAAAUGAUUCGUGGUGAGCUUUACCGGCCUUACGAUGUCCACCUUGUAGAAGAAAGGGACCGUUGUAAAGCUGCCCUGUGGAGAUUCAACAAUGCCUGCAAUCCAUUGUCGGGCCUAAGCACCAAGGAGCAAAUGCGCCUGCUGAAAGAGGUUUUUAUCCCUCCAGUCUCGGUGUCCAGUUCGCCCUCAGGUGCUCCCGCACCUCGUUCUUCUGGAACAAUCGGCCAAGGAGCAGUUGUUGAGGCACCUUUCCACUGCCAUUAUGGUUACAAUGUGCAUUUAGGUGAGGAUGUUAUGAUUUCCGAAGGCUGCCUAUUUGUGGAUGACUGCCCAAUUACCAUUGGAGCGCACACGUGGAUUGGGCCUCGGGUUACCAUCCUCAGCUCAACCGCUCACGCAAAUAUGCAAGAACGCAAAGGCUCUCAGAGCCGCUAUCAAGGGCGCUCUGUUGCCAUCGAAGAAGACUGUUAUGUUGGAGCUGGCUGUACGAUCUAUCCCGGUGUCCGCCUUCGCCGCGGUGCGUAUGUUGCGCCGGGUGAGGUAGUGAAGUCCGACAUAGUAGCUUAUGGCUUUCAGGGGUUAAAGCCUGGGUAUAUGUGA